GUCUCCUUCACAGGGAAGUGGAUCCACCCCCCAACAGAGGAUGUGGUCGGAGCUCUGGACCUCGGUGGGGCUUCAACCCAGAUCACAUUCCUUCCUGGGACCACCAUAGAUGACAGCAGCACAAGAACCCUCCUCAGGCUGUAUGGGACCAACUACUCCAUUUACACCCACAGCUACCUCUGCUACGGGCAAAACCAAGCCCUGAAGAUGCUGAUGGCAUCUUUACACCAGGGCAGCCCAUCUGCCCAGCAGAUAUCACACCCCUGCUAUCCCAGGGGAUACCAGGAGAACAUCACCAUGGCAGACCUCUACAACAGUCCCUGUGUCCAUGCACCGAGCCCACCCAGCCCUACACAGGUCCUCACGGUGACGGGGACGGGAGAUCCAGUGCUGUGCAGCAUCUCCAUCCAGAAACUCUUCAACUUCAGCUGUGGGGCCAACAGGACGUGCGGUUUCAACGGGGUUUAUCAGCCGCCCGUGCGGGGCCAAUUCUUCGCCUUUUCAGGGCUUUAUCACAACCUUCACUUUCUGAACCUGACUGGAGGGCAGUCCCUGAGCUUGGUCAAUGCCACCAUCUGGCAAUUCUGCACCAGCAAGUGGGAGAAGGUGCAGAAGAAGUUCCCCACCACGAACAGGACCCACCUCCGUGACACCUGUGCAGCCAGCUCCUAUGCCCUCAUCCUGCUCCUGCAAGGCUACAAAUUCAACGAGACGACGUGGCUUACGAUCCGCUUUGUCCGACAGGUCACUAAUGUAGACGUGGGCUGGACUCUGGGCUACAUGCUCAACCUCACCAACAUGAUUCCCUCAGAGAUUCCCCAGAGAGUCGUAGGGCUCCAGAGAAGCAACUGGAUAGCAGCCACAGUUUUACUGGCCAUCAUGCUCAUCCUCAUCUUCUGCCUUCUCACAGUCACAGGCUGCCAGAAAAACUCCUCUGGUUAUGAGAGUCUCUAG